AUGCCGUGGAUAGAUAUACAAGCUAGUAAUCUAGGUCGUAAGGAUCAUCAAACGUCAUAUCGACAAACAAAUCUUUGUCCAAAAUGGUACAUCAAUAGUCGAUGUACUUUUGGUGAGAAAUGCGAAGAUUCUCAUCGAUUGGAAGGAGUACCAAAUGAAAAUCGUUAUAUCUGCACAGAAACCGAUGCUCAUGUGUUUAAACUACUUCGAUUCAUUCGCGACUUUGCUGUAUAUUAUAUUGAAUCUGCUAAUCAUAAUCGACAGGAACUUUUCAAGGAUGUUCUGGUUGUUAUGGUGCAUCUGGUAGAUGCCUUAAGUCGUAAAAGUCCUGGAUCGAUCGAACAUCUCCAUUUAUUCUUAGAGGAAAGAGCUAUGCAUCAAAUGAUUACAAAAGAAAACUUUCUUUCUGAACUCGAUAAACCAUUCAGUGUACCACAAGUAUUCUUUGAUCUUCAUCUUAAUUAUAACACAGCUUGGUAUCGACCAACGGGAAAUAAACGAGAUGUGAAUUUCAAUGCAUUGUCGCCAAAAUUUGUCGCUUAUUUCAAUCGAAUCUUUGUUGAAUACUAUCAAGGACGUCUUAAGUCACGUGGUGCAAAACCAGCAUGGUUUUGA